AUGGCUGCCGCUCUGCUGCUCCUGCUUCAGCUGGUCUCACUGGCGUCUGCAGCACAUCACUACGGGGGAACCGUGACCUAUAGCUACAAAGGAAGAAACCCUGAUGGAUCAUUUAGGGUGGACUUUCGCAACAGGGCGACCUAUGAUGGGUGUCGGUCCUCCCAGAACCACAGAUGUAGCACUGGCAACUGUGGCUUAGUCACUAAUCAACAGAGAGGCACAAUUGACAGGAGCACCAAUGCACCGCAAAGCAACAGACAAUGGUGUGAAACAGAAACAGUUCAACAAAGAAAAGUCCCAACUGACAAACCUUUUCAGCUGAGGGCAAGUAGCUGUUGUUGGAUCCGAACACGUAACGGGGUUUCAGGUUGGAGAUUUCAAACUCAAGUAGAUUUGGGAUCAAGAUCUGACACUGGCAAACCAAACAGAUCCCCAGACAUUGCCAUUCUACCUUUCCUACGAGUUCCCCAGAACUGCCCACGGACCUACAAGCUGAUGUCCUUCGACGCUGAUGGCGACACAGUUCGCUGCAGAUAUGGAAAUAUCAGAAAUAUAGAGUGCAGCGGAUGUAACCAACCUUCAGGCUUUGUCUUGGAUCAGGGUUCCUGCUCCUUACGUUACAACGAUGCCACCGUCAACCCAAGUGUUUUUGGAUUUGAGUUGGUGGUGGAGGACUUCCCGCAAAGGCCCAUCUCUCUGUCCUACACCGAUGGAACCCAAUCCUACAAGGCUCCACUGAUUCCCAUGAGGCAUAAACGAGCAUUGAACCAUGUACACCACACAAGGACUUCAGCAAUAACUACACGUCAGAACACCCCUCUCAGUAAACUGCCUUUGCAAUUCUCCUUUCUUGUGGACCCACCUGCUCCCUCGUGUGUUGAUGGACUCUACUUGCCAAAGUUUGUGCACCCAACACCUGAAAAUGGACAACACAUCAAUGCUGAGGUCAACAAAGAAGUGGAGAUCAGAGUACGAGCAAAAGCUUCACAUGCAACACUACAUGAUAUCAUCAUCAGUGGGCCACUGAAUAUCACCAAGCACAGAAGCACACAUGGAGACUUUGUCAUUAGGUGGACGCCUGGCCCUGAUGAUAUGGGGGAUCAUUACCCAAUCUGCUUUGCUGUUGAAUCAGUAAAUGAUCCCGCCUCUACUCUCCCCCCUCAAACCACCAUUUAUUACGGUUACCAUUACCACGUCACCCAAUCUCCAGAGCCCGGCAUCUAUCAGUCGGAGAUGAGGUGCGUUCUGGUGAACAUCGGUAAAAGACUAAUUGAAUCCCAUGUGACCUGCCAUGAGUCCUCAAUGACGGUAGAGGUUAACAGAUCUUCUCUCCCUGGACUUCAUGAGGAUCAUUUACGCCUCAAUGACCCCAGCAACACGGCCUGCGACCUGCACACAAACUCCAACAGCACGCACAUCGUCGCCAUCGUACCCCUCAACGCCUGCGGCACUCAGAUCGAGGAAGAUGAGGAAAACCUGGUUUUCAAAAAUGAAAUCACCACGGUGGACAACGUACACGACCUGAUCACCAGGAACCACCUGCUGGAGGUCCAGUUCUACUGCCAGUACCCCAAACGUGGGAACGUGACGCAGGGCUUCACAGCACACAGGAGGAAUGUGGUGGUGUGGGAUAAAGGCUUUGGAAAGUUCACCUACGAGUUUGAGUUCUACCCAGACAUCCGAUAUAGACAAAUGAUUGAUCCAGGGCUGUACCCUCUGGAGUACGAUGUGAAGAACAGGAUCUACAUGCAGAUAGAGGCCAAAUCUACCGUCAACAACACCCAGCUGUUUGUGGAGUCCUGCAGCGCGGCGCCAUAUGACACCCCCAACUACUGGCCAACAUACUCCAUCAUCGAGAAUGGGUGUAAUUUGGACCAAACGGUUCAGGUGCAUCCGAGGGCCAACCCGAGACAGUUCAGGUUCAGCAUGGAGGCCUUCCAGUUCAUCGGCUUGCACGACCAGGUGUACAUCAGCUGUUCAGUGCUGAUGUGUGAGGCAGGGAGCAGCGGCACCAGGUGCUCACAGGGGUGCAUCAACUCCCGCCUUGCUGGGCAUCAUCAUCAUCACCGCAAGAGAGAGGCUAUCACUCAGAGCGCCAGGCACUUCAUUUCCCAGGGUCCACUGCGUUUGAAGAGAUCAGCGGAGAGCACCGGGAGCCCAGCGACCCCCCUGAAUCUGAACCUGGUUUUCAUCGUUGGAUGUCUUCUUGCAGCCGUUGGUAUGAUCAGUGCAGUGGCCCUGUACAAAGUCAGAGCAUCAAAGGUCAAAUACCAACCGUUGCCCUCUAUUGAAAACUAAGAAAGCCGCCAUCUGCUACCCAUUUUUUUAUCGGUUGCAUUUGACUACAUUAAGCUUCUUGUUUUUUAAUGCUAUCAGAUAAUGAGUCUUCAUUUGUGCCUUAUGGGUUAUAAGUGGUGUUUAUUGUGGUGUUAACCACCGUUUACAGUGUAAUCCUAUGUAGCUUGUGAUUCUUCUAUCAUGUACUCCGUUAUGAUUUAAAACUUGAUUGAUAUGUGUAUCCAAUCAUUAUAAUGCUUAAUGUUAAUAGUACAUGUCAAACGUAAUUGUUCCUCCUUAUCCUAACUCAUUUAGGCUUAAUGUAUCAAUAAAAACUCUCUCAAAUCUC